AUGCAGGAAAAGAAGCAAAACAUUAAGAAAGUAUUUGAUAUUGUUGGCGAAUAUAACAUUGUCUUUUUGUUGACAUACACACUGGGGUAUUAUUCAAAGUCUUCAAAGAAGAAUAAAUCGUGGAAAUUAAGAAAUUACGUUAUUUGUUGGAAGGAAGCAUGUGUUCACAAGCUUAUUGUUAAAGACACACAUGCUUGGCCAUUAUUGGGAACUCGAAAACUGGAUUUUGUCUUCAUUCAAAGAGAUUCAACUUUAGAUCCAUUAAAUGUUGUUGUCGUUGGUGAGAUAAAGAUGCGAAUUGGUGAAGGAUUUAGCAACACACAAGCAAUAUCAUUCGGUGAAAAAGUAACUACGGCGAGAAUUUAUGUAUAUAGUGUUGAUGGAUUGUAUUAA